UUGUCGGAUCCAUUCCAAAAGAAAUAGGAAGGUUGGGGUCUCUCUAUCAACUUGACUUAUCUUCCAAUUAUCUCAAUGGAUCCAUCCCUACAACUUUAGGAAAUUUGAGUAAAAUGACAAUUCUUUCCCUCUCUGAAAACCAGCUUUCUGGUUUCAUUCCUAAAGAAAUAGGAAUGCUACCUGUACAACAUCUUGCUCUUUCUGGUAAUAAUUUGACCGGCCCAAUUCCCGAUGAGAUUGUUAGUUUGAGCAACUUGACUUAUUUGUUCCUUGCGGCUAAUAACCUUUCUAGUUUCAUCCCUAAAGAAAUAGGGAGGCUGAAGUCUCUCCAUACUCUCCACAUACAUGAGAACAACAUUGCCGGUCCUAUUCCUUCUUCCAUCGGAAACAUGAGUAGCUUGGGGGAGUUAUUGCUUCUUAAAAAUCAACUUGUCGGAUCCAUUCCAAAAGAAAUAGGAAGGUUGGGGUCUCUCAAUCAACUUGACUUAUCUUCCAAUUAUCUCAAUGGAUCCAUCCCUACAACUUUAGGAAAUUUGAGUAAAAUGACAUUUCUUUACCUCUUUAAAAACCAGCUUUCUGGCUCCAUACCUUCGGAAGUUGGAGGAAUGAGAUACCUCUAUCAUUUUCAACUGUCAACUAACGAUUUAACAGGUCACAUCCCAUCCUCCAUAGGGAAUAUGAGCACUCUAUAUAGCCUUGAACUUGGCCCAAAUAAGUUGUCUGGCCCUAUUCCUUCUUCCAUCGGAAACAUGAGUAGCUUGGGGGAGUUAAUGCUUCUUGAAAAUCAACUUGUCGGAUCCAUUCCAAAAGAAAUAGGAAGGUUGGGGUCUCUCUAUCAACUUGACUUAUCUUCCAAUUAUCUCAAUGGAUCCAUCCCUACAACUUUAGGAAAUUUGAGUAAAAUGACAAUUCUUUCCCUCUCUAAAAACCAGCUUUCUGGCUCCAUACCUUCGGAAGUUGGAGGAAUGAGAUACCUCUAUCAAUUUCAACUGCCAACUAACGAUUUAACAGGUCACAUCCCAUCCUCCAUAGGGAAUAUGAGCACUCUAUAUAGCCUUGAACUUGACCAAAAUAAGUUGUCUGGCCCUAUCCCUGAAGAACUAGGAAUGCUCGGAUUUCUCUCUGAUCUCGUGCUUCUAAAUAACAGCCUCUCUGGCUCAAUUCCAAAUACUAUAGGUAAUUUAAGCAAGCUCACAAGCCUACAGCUGGCCGACAACAAUUUUGUUGGUGAAUUGCCACAAGAUAUUUGCAACGGUGGAGUUCUUCAGAGAUUUUCCGCGGAUGAGAAUCACCUCACCGGUCCAAUUCCGCGAGGCCUCAAAAACUGCACAAGUUUGCAUAGAGUUAGGCUCCAAAACAACCGGCUCAAGGGAGAUAUAUCUGAGGGUCUUGGCACAUACCCUCACUUAGAUUAUCUUGAGUUCAGCAACAAUGAACUUUACGGUGAGCUACCACAUAGACUGGGUGAAUAUAGCAAUUUGACAAGCCUGAAAAUCUCCAACACUAAUCUCAGGCGGGAUACCCUCUGAGCUUGGCAACAUUACCAAAUUGCAUGCACUUGACCUCUCUUCAAAUAGUCUUGUUGGGGAAAUUCCAAAAGACCUAGGAAAACUGAAGUUUCUUUUUGAGCUUUCACUCUAUGACAAUCAUCUUGUAGGUUACAUACCUCAAGAACUCGGAACAUUGUUUGAUCUGUCAAAAAUUAACGUGGCCGGAAAUAACCUAAGUGGCUCAAUUCCUAGACAACUUGGUGAGUGUUGGAAGCUUCAAAUUUUGAAUUUAAGUAGAAAUAGUCUUGAAAGAAGCAUUCCCACUGAGAUUAGCAAGCUUCAAUCUCUUCAACUCCUCGAUCUAAGUCAAAAUUUGCUCACGGGAGAAAUACCUAGACAACUUGGGUUAUUGCAAAAAUUGGAAACACUCAAUCUCUCACACAAUCAGCUUUCAGGUUCCAUUGCAUCGAGCUUUGAUGGCAUGGCAAGCUUGACAUAUGUUGACAUAUCGUACAAUGAUCUAGAGGGUGCCUUACCAAACAUUCUAGCAUUUCAUAAUGCUACAAUUGAAGUUGUGAGAGGAAACAAAGGCUUGUGUGGAGUUAUUGCUACUCUUAGUCCUUGUACAACAACAACGUCGAAAGGCAAAAACAAAAGCAAAAAGUUCAUCCUAAUUUUGAUUCCCACUUUUGGUUGCUUACUCUCUUUGCUUCUUAUCGUGGGAGCUUCAAGUAUCGUAUGCCGAAGAGUAAGGAAAACAGAGGCUAGUUUGACUAAUGGAAGCAAUGAAAACCCAUGGGCAAUAUUGAGCUUUGAUGGAAAGAUGGCCUAUGAGAACAUUCUUGAAGCUACGGAGGAGUUUGAUGCCAAAUAUUGCAUCGGUGUGGGAGGACACGGGAGUGUUUACAAGGCCCAAUUGCAAACAAGUGAGACUGUUGCUGUAAAGAAACUUAAGGAAGUAGUGGACGUUGAAAUUGCCACUCGAAAAGCAUUUGAAAGGGAGAUUCAUGCUUUGACUGAAGCUCGGCACCGCAAUAUCAUCAAGCUCUAUGGCUUUUGCUUGAGUUCUCAACAUUCAUUUCUGGUGUAUGAAUUCUUGGAAUGUGGUAGCUUGAAGGAUGUAUUAAAUAAUGAAGAGAGGAUAACAACAUUUGACUGGAACAAGAGAGUGAAUGUGGUUAAAGGUGUGGCUAAUGCUUUGUGCUACAUGCACCAUGAAUGCUCUCCUCCUAUAAUUCAUCGUGAUAUAUCAAGCAAGAACAUUUUACUGGAUGAAGAAUACGAAGCUCAUGUCUCUGAUUUUGGCACGGCGAAGGUUCUAAAACCUUAUUCAUCCAAUUGGACUUCCUUUGCAGGCACCUUUGGAUAUGUAGCUCCAGAACUUGCGUACACUAUGGAAGUGAACGAAAAAUGCGAUGUUUAUAGCUUCGGAGUGAUGACAUUGGAAGUAAUCAUGGGAAGACAUCCGGGAAAUCUCAUAUCAUCUCUUAUGUCCUCAUCUUCAUCAUCCUCGCGCCAUUCAACAGACUCUUGGCCACUGAAAGAAGUUUUAGAUCAAAGAAUUCCAUACCCAUAAGGUGAUGUGCUAGGGGAAAUUGCAUUUGUGACAAAGAUGGCAUUUUCGUGCUUAAGUCCCAAACCAGAGUAUCGUUUGAGCAUGCAACAAGUUUCUCGAGCGAUGUUGACACAUAGCUCAAUCGUGUUGACCACACCGGAGGACACCAAAUUGGAAGAACUAGUUGGUCCUACAUGCUUCACUUAUUGAGAUAUUUUAGCAAGCUGUCUCUCGUAUUAUAUUUAUCUUAUUAUAAAUCGUUGCAAUAUUUCAUUAAUUACUCCGAAACACUUAGGAAUCACUACCAUUUGCUUGUCACAAUACUUCUUUCUUGUAAUGUAUAAUCGCAAAGAAAAGGUGAUACACUCAAAAGUUGCUAGAGCACAAUUGGUAUAAGCUGGCAUC